UAUCUAUUUUUUCCAAUGACUGCAUAGUUUGUCCUGCUGGGGAUCCGUAGUUGGUGGAAUAACAUUGUGAAGAAGAACGUUGACGUCAAAGUUGAAGAGGAGGACUCAGUGUUAAAUAAACUUCGAAUCGUGUCAUUUGCUUGUCCUGGCAGGAAACUUAGUAAAGGAUCAUGGGUAACACAGGCGACCGGAUGUCUGGAGACCGCCAUGGCGCCAAGGCCCAUCGCUCUGACAGCAGAGACAAAGACCACGAGCCCAGCAAGAUGGUGGACAGCACUGAUGACCCUAACAUCUUCAACACACACGGCCUGGGGUCCUCCAAGGUGUCGGACAAGGAGGAGCCCGACCUGGAUGACCUGGUGAAGACCGGGCCUCAGUCCAGGCCCACGGUCAUCCGCUGGGCCGGAGGAGGGAAGGAGGUUUACAUUGCUGGAUCCUUUAACAACUGGGGCAACAAGAUCCACCUCAAUAAGAGCCACAAUGACUUUGUAGCGAUCCUGGACUUGCCAGAGGGAGAGCACCAGUACAAGUUCUUUGUGGACGGACAGUGGGUUCAUGACCCCUCAGAGCCUGUGGUGACCAGCCAGUUGGGCACCAUCAACAACCUGAUCGAGGUGAAGCAGUCAGACUUUGAGGUGUUUGAUGCUCUGCAGGUGGACUCUCUGGAGUCUACCGACACCUCAGACCUGUCCAGCUCCCCUCCAGGUCCCUAUGGACAGGAGCAGUACAUGUUCAGGCCUGAGGAACGCUCCAAAGCCCCGCCCAUCCUCCCCCCACACCUCCUCCAGGUCAUCCUCAACAAGGACACUAACAUCUCUUGCGACCCAGCCUUGCUGCCUGAACCCAACCAUGUGAUGCUCAACCAUCUGUAUGCACUCUCAAUAAAGGAUGGAGUGAUGGUGCUCAGUGCGACUCACAGGUAUAAGAAGAAGUACGUCACAUCUCUGCUCUACAAGCCCAUCUAACCUGUGUGUGUAGGUGCACAGUGCUAUAGAGGGCAGCAUGUUAAUACUGCGCUGGGUUUAUCCAUGACAUGUAGUUGAGAUUGGACUAAACUAACAGUUUACAAAAGAGCUGGGGGCCUGUGGCUGAGACUGGGGGGCAAAUCUCAAGACACCCUUUUCCCUGUAGAGUGCACUACACAAUGUAGCACUCAGCAAAUGGUUCAAAGUAGUGCACUCAAUGUGGAAUAGGGUGUCAUUUGACCUUCAGCCUGUGACUUCACAAGGAGUCCACAAGGAGAAAUACUGAAAGUGGACUGUGGCGUUUUCCCAUAAUGCACCCAUAGUUGAAUAGCAAUAAGGGACUGAAAGAAACCACUGUGUGUGUUUGUGUGUGCAGCACUUACACAGGCACCCCAAUUCUGAUCCUUUUUCCUACUAAUUGGUCUUUUGAUCAAUCACAUCAGAUCUUUUCACAUCAGAUCUUUUUCAGAGCUGAUCUGAUUGGUCAAUUAGUGGAAAAAAAUAUCAGAAUUGGGCUGCCUGUGUAAACGCAGCCUUAGAUUAUUUGUGGGUGCGUAGAAAGAACAUUUGGUUCCAUUAAAAACAUAAGGGUUUGAAGACAAGUCUGCUGAUGGGACUGUAAAACACAUAUAAUCAACAUGACGUUUUAUUAAAUUAGCGUUUGAAAGGUUAUGUACACGGAAAGAGGGCAGUUGAAUGUUUCUGGCUUGGAUUUAGUGUCCCAAUAGUGUCCCAUUCUUUCUCCAUAUUUUUAUUGUAAUUGGACAGUGACCAGACUAAAUGGAGGAUUCUGUAGAGUCUUCCUUGUUAUUACUGUAAUUGGACAGUGACUAGACUAAAUGGAGGAUUCUGCAGUCUUCCUUGUUAUUACUGUAAUUGGACAGUGACUAGACUAAAUGGAGGAUUCUGCAGAGUCUUCCUUGUUAUUACUGUAAUUGGACAGUGACUAGACUAAAUGGAGGAUUCUGCAGAGUCUUCCUUGUUAUUACUGUAAUUGGACAGUGACCAGACUAAAUGGAGGAUUCUGUAGAGUCUUCCUUGUUAUUACUGUAAUUGGACAGUGACUAGACUAAAUGGAGGAUUCUGCAGUCUUCCUUGUUAUUACUGUAAUUGGACAGUGACCAGACUAAAUGGAGGAUUCUGCAGAGUCUUCCUUGUUAUUACUGUAAUUGGACAGUGACUAGACUAAAUGGAGGAUUCUGCAGAGUCUUCCUUGUCAUUACUGUAAUUGGACAGUGACUAGACUAAAUGGAGGAUUCUGCAGAGUCUUCCUUGUUAUUACUGUAAUUGGACAGUGACUAGACUAAAUGGAGGAUUCUGCAGAGUCUUCCUUGUUAUUACUGUAAUUGGACAGUGACUAGACUAAAUGGAGGAUUCUGCAGGGUCUUCCUUGUUUGAUUCCAAAGGGACGAUGACCACUGAUAAAAUCAGGAUAUGCAAUUGGAUAGGCUGUGUAAUUUUAAUUGAACUGAAGUAUAACAAACUAUGGGUAUUAAAUGGUAUAUCCCAUUUAAUCACUUUAAACCAAAGGCCUCAUAUUACAUAUCAAGUAGGAGUUGUGAAAUGUUGGCCUGUGUCCUGUAGAUCUCUGCUUAGUUCUGCUAUUGCCUUCAUGAAAGGACGCUGCAAGCACUUUAGCUACACGUGUGUCUCCAACAAAUGCUUUGAGCAGGACUGUUGACAUAAACGUUUAACUAUGCAGAUACACGGACACAUCUGGUAGCUUUACAUUGAACCUCAGUGUCCAGUCUGCAUGUUAGAGAUGGAGAAAUAGCUGUUCUGUGUGUGUGUUUUUUCUUUUUUCAUUCUAUUUUCUAUUUAUCCAAUAGAAAUCAAUGUAUCUGUUACAUUUUCUGUAUUUAUAGCAAAGAAACAAACAAAUAAUGGUUUGUCUUGAAUGUCCUGCAUGAUUUGAAUGUCUAAUACAGUUUACUGUGGAAUGUGUGGUGGAUUUCACAACUGUGAUUCUAUCAAGAUUAAACAUUUGUGGCAAAUUGCCAAUAUUGAUUUCAUAAGAAUGUUAAGUGUAAUGUACUUUCAUCAAUAAUGUUAAAUUAUGUUAAACUACUCAGAUUUGACCAUAAAUUUAUUUCAUUUUGAGAAUAUUGUACCUAUUGCUAGGUAGGUGAUAUACUCCAAAGAGAAGAUAAUAUAUAAUUACAUAUUUUAUUUGAAGAAACUGAGAAAAAGCUAUAUCUCGCUCUGUUUGAGAAUAUAGGAUAUUCUGGUGCUUUAUUAGGCAAAAAACAAAACUUGAAUUUUAAAACUGUUAGCUAACAUGUUUGUUUUUGAAAAUACUUUGCAGCAUCACUGUGUAAGCCAGGUACUAUAGAAGGUUGUUUCACUUGUUUGCAAAUAAAAAGGGAAGACGUGUUGACCCUGAAUAUCA